GUAAAGAUGGCGGCCACCGAAGAGUGGUUCGUGGGGGAAGACGGGUGCAUAUCCGUUGGGGAACCCACCGCCUCGGUGACGUACCACUCAUCUCUGAACACGAUAAUAGUUGUAACAAAAGAACCGGCUUUGAAAGUCAUCGAUGUAACGUCUGGGUCGCUUCUGCAGAAGUCAAAUUUAUCAGCAUGCAAGUCAGAUGCCAUCCACUGCAUGUACCUGCCAGUGAGGGACAGACUAGUGUUUUGGGAUGAGCACAGGGUGGGGGUGAGAAAAGACCUGAGUGGUGUGAUGCUCCUGGACACAGCUCUACAGGCAUCUAUCACGAAAACAGAGGCCCCUGUAUGUGUGGAGUUACCAUUGGCUGAGGCCACUCACCUGUUCAAAUCAUUGGUGAAUAGUGAACUUCCAGGUGUGGAUUAUAUAGAAGAAGUGUUAAAAGAAUUAGAGAAAGGAAUAGAUGCUGCCCAAGAAGCAACAAAGGGAAAUCAUAAAACAGCAAAAUGGGCUACAGUGACUUUGAUGUUACCACACUGUGCCCUCAAAUCAGUCUGUGGAAGUCUAGUGAUGGAGAUGAAGCGACUCCAUCACCACAGCCCAGGGCUUUCUGUCGCCUCUGCAGUCAAUGACAGGCUGAGUUAUCUCCUCCCAUCCACCCUCCCAGACAUCAGUGGCGGAAACGUUGACCGCUCUCUCAUGUUCAGUGAGGCUGCGAGGAGAGCUACUUUUGGGAAAUGGCCGCACAUGAAUUACAAGUGGGCAUUACCUGAGCCCAUGGCCCAGGCUGGCUUCUACCAUCAGCCUAACUCCUUAGGGGAUGACAGAGCUAUGUGUUUUACCUGUAAUGUGUGUUUGGUGUGCUGGGAACCCACAGAUGAACCCUGGUCUGAACAUGAGAGACAUUCUCCAUCUUGUCCCUUUGUGAAGGGAGAGUACACACAGAAUGUCCCUCUGUCUGUGACUCAUGCCACUCAACCAGCCUGCUUUCAUGGUGAUUACUCAGACAAGAUUGAAUGUUUGAGCCCAACCAACAGUGAGAAUUAUUUAGCCACUUCUACACUGAAUGGAAAUGUUGUGGUAUGGAGCAUUGGGCAUAUUCUGAAGAAACACUGUCAGUUCAACAUAGAGCCAUCAGACAGUGUCAUUGCACUGAAGACUGGCUUACAGAGAGAUAAAGAAGAGGCAUCUGGUAGUAAACCCGCUGAUGGAGCCAGGAGUCUGCAGAAAUCACCCUCACCCUCCACACCAGAGCCUGUGGAAGAAGGGGAAUCCCGUGUCACUCCAGGGAUGGACUGCCCACCAGUCAGCUUGUCAACAUCUACCCUUACCAACUGCAUCCAGGAAAUCCCCUUACAUCAUGAUCCAGCUAAAGAGAGCCGACCACAGAGGAGAACCCGGCCUUCUCAGGAUGUGAGAGUACACUCUCUGUGUAUUGUGGACAAACAGAAGCUGGAGAAACUUGAACAGGCUGCUGAUAACCUUGCGACAGCCCAGACAUCAUCUUCACCCUCAGCAUCCCCCUCUGCUACAUCCACAUCUAGCUCAGGCUCAGCUUCCUCACCAGUGAAAGGAAGCUCAGUCAGUUCAACCCCCUGCCCUAGCCUCUUGUGUGGUGUUUCCUUGAGGACGGGCAAGUUUCUGUUCACAGACUCUGACGACUCAGAAAACAGGCAGGACGACAUGAGAACGGACGUCCAGCUCAUGAACAAAGUGAAUGAGGUUGUUAGCACUGAUGAGCCUCCUCAGAUUAUCACAGACUCUCAGGAGUCCUUGCAAGAUUGUACAGCAGAAAUAUCUUCAUUUAUCCCUUAUUUAUUAGUUGUUCCAAUUCGGCCCGAGGAGUCACGAGUCAAAGGAAGCAGUUGUUCUGGGGAAUACCCGCUGAAGGCAUUGACCAGUGCGAGCAAUGUGCUUCCCCUGCAUAACUGCCCAAUAAAAGAUGAUUGGGGUCCACUUGACCCGAUCUACGAGUCGGAUAUAGACCCUGAUAUUCAGAUUGUAGGUAUCACACCUCCUCCAGGGAAAACCACAUUUUCAAACUCUGUGUCAGACUCUCAGAAAUUGACUCACUCGUUAGUGAAUGGGAUUCCAGAGGGGAAAAUGGAGAAUGCCAAAGAGUUUCACCCAGAAUCACCGUUGAACGUAGAAAGCAAGCCUGUGACAGUACUGAAAGGGUAUAGCAUGUUACAGUGUGUGGAGUUGCCAAGCUGCUGCCAGUGUGAGUCAUUAGUAAUCAAUGCUAUUAUACCUACUGUGGAUAACUGUAGUGUUAUUGUGACUCUGGUCCCCAAAGAGGCCCUGGACAUUAAUGUUCAGCAGUCUGACAGAGGGGGAAAACAGUCUGAGAGCCCACCAGAGGUGGAUACUGAAGCCUCAGGGGCAGGGACAAGGAAAACUAGCCCUGCUCCUAAAGGGGGCUAUAUUCUUAUCUACAAGCUUAAAGUGAUAGGGGAAUUUCUGGGGCUGGAAGAGACACCCUCAGCCAUUCGGGAGAUUGACAAUGUGGGAGAUGCAGUGACAAGUAUUCUGACGCUCCCCCUUGAGUUCAGUCUUCAGUCCGAGGAGGAAGAGACGCCCACAGAGGCUCAGAGUUCCUCAGUACUAGGCCAGUCGCAGAGUACGUGUGCUGGACAAGUGGCUGUGACCACAGCAGCAGGCAAUGUGCAGAUCAUCAACCUAUCCAAUUUGACUGUUUGUGGGAAAAUUUCUCCAAUGGAAGGGGAUAAGUUUGUGUCUCUUACCUACUGCUCAGGUAUGGAACGUCUGUGUGCAUCUAGUUCAGGGGGGAAGCUUCAUUUCUACCAGAUAUCCCAGCACAAUCCUGACUUCUCCGAGCAGGACAACGCAGUCACAUCUAACCACAGCAGAUUGCCACAGACUGUGGUGAUUGAUGGUUCAGAUGUGACGGGUAAAGGGGAAGACCAAGGUGAUCAAACGCCACACAAGUCACCAUCAGGGUCUGAUAUUCUUGCUAAACAACCUCUAACAACAGAGUCACUGAUGCAGCUUCAUGACUUGAUACAGUUGAAAACCUUAUGCCAAGGUUUAGUGCAACUGUACCACCAUGCUGGGCAGAAAUACAGCAAGAGCAGCAGCAACGGCGCCACCCCACAGCAUUUGCAGCAUCAGGGGGAGGCAACUCAGCACACCAGGACCUGGAAACUUCAGACAGACAGCAACACCUGGGAUGAACACCUGUUUGAACUGGUCCUCCCACGCCCAUGUUAUGUAGGUCAUGUAGAUGUCAAGUUCUCCUUACACUCCAUGUGUAUGAGCCCACCUAAAGUGGAAGUCACUCUGCUCAAACAGAACAUUAGUAACAUUGGCCGACAGACAGGCACGGUGUCCAGCUCAUCGGCAGCCUCUCAGGACAGCAAUAGCGUGUCAUCCAACACCAGUCUGCCCACUGCAGACGUCGAUGAGGCAGUUGGUUUCAAUGGCAUUCUUAACCAUGGCUUCAACCCACAGUCAAAGUCAGACAAACAAGAACCUGCCGCGGUGAAUAAUGUUUUAGAUCCAGCUUUCUUGGAGAUGCAUAAUGCGGAGAUCCUCUGUGGACCAGUUGAUAUCGGCUCCUGCCUUGACUUGUCCUGCACCAGCGGAAUUAUCUCCCUUACCAGCCCACAGCUCUUCAGUUGUAAACCACGAUCUUUUCUCGUCCAUAUUAAGGCCCUGGCUUCCAAGAACUCUGAGAAGGAGGAAAAGCCGAAAGUAGUCCGGGAGAGCAAGAAGAAAUCCUCCGUGGCUGGUAACAGUCAUUCCGGUGCUAAUGAGAAGCAGAAAUCAAAGACAAUCAAGGCUUUGUUUGAGAACAUUCCAUACAAUGGUUCUGGGCUGAGUGCCAUGGAGAGACUGGCUGCUACAGCGCCCAAGGCUAAGCUGGAGAACCUCAAGGGUUGUGACUUCAUCCAGGAGAUCUCGGUGACUGUGAGAAAGUGCAAGAAGUCAAAUGUGCCAAAAGAGCGGUUACAGCGAUGUGCAAUGCUGGAGCUGGCCUCGUUCCAGGAGCGCUUGCUCGGGGUGGCGUGUGCUCAGGACCAGAGCAUGGAAGUGACCACCAGCUGGGACCACUGUCAGAACCUGGCCCUAGACAUCCUCAGCUGGAUCACCUCCAUACAGAUGAAUGACCCAGACAAACGAGACAAGAGGAAGUGUGUAGUGCUGUUAAUACAACAAAGUCUCACUGAACUGGUCAAGGCAUGUUUUAUCUCAGGGACACGGGCCACCGCUCACAAAUGUGCUCGGCUCAUAGCACUGUGUAUUGAAUAUAGUAAAAACUGCACAGACCCAGAUCUGGCUCCAACCUUCAGUUAUGUCCUGCUGAAUUCACUGUUGGAUAGCCUCCCUUUGUUACCCUACUCGUACUCUGCUGGAGGGCUGAAGUGGUACUUCACUCUGCUGAACCGUGCAAAGUGUAUGAAUGUUGGCAGUGUGGCCGAGAAGUGUGUGGACAUGCUGACCUGUGUGGCCAAGCAGUACAGUGAGAGGACAAACCCAGCCCACUCACUGUUGAAAACAAGAUAUGGAUUGUAUGGUCAUCCCUUUGAAGUGGAUUUGUUUGACACAGACCCUCCCCCUACAGUCAGAGUAACCUCCUCAUCCUAUGCCUCAGUGGUGGGUGGCUGUGUGACAAACUCCGCCUCAGCCAGCACUGUCAGUCAGGGCCAGGACGAGGUGGACUUCAGGGACCUAUUCAUGUCGAUGCCUGACAAAUCUUCUGGGAAGUCACAGUACGAGUACCUGAAUAACUCAGUGUUGGGCCUGCUGGAGGUGGAGCCUCUACAUUUCACCUGUCACUCCACCAGUGACGGGACACGCAUGGAGAGGCUGGAUGUCCUCUCUGUCAAUCCCACGUCAAACCCUUCCAACACCUCUGUGUUAUCAGGCACGAUAAACUUUGGGGAAGGCCUGUCGUCUGGAGGAGCUGCUGGGGCGGCAUUAGGCAUGGCAUUGUCGUCAUUGUCCACAGCCAUGUCCACAGCUGAGCAGCAGUUACAACAGUUACAAAGCCAACAGUAUCAGCUGAUGAAGCUACAACAGCAGAAGCAGAAGCUCGAGCAGAAAUUGGCUGAGUCAACAAAAUCAGGCUCGGGAGUGGGCGUGGGAAACAUCUACACCUCAGAACUGUUCCCCCCCACACCCAAGACCACCCCUCUGUUCAUGACCCCUCCCGUGACUCCACCUAAUGAGAGCUGGCAACAAGGGGUCUUGUCCUAUGGGCUGCCUGUAGACCUUGAUCCAGGCAAACCACCCUUACCUAAAGGCAGCUCCAAGAGUAACUUUGGCAAAUACGACCUGCUGCCGUCCACAACCAAGUCUUCUCUGCCCAUCACCCAGACCCAGAACCUACUGCAGACGCCCCCACCACAGGUACUGGUCAUAGAGAGGAUGCACUCUGGGGCCCGCAGGUUUGUUACCCUGGACUUUGGCAAGCCCAUUCUGCUGACAGACUUAAUCAUCCCAGCCUGUAUGGAUCUGGCAUCCCUCUCCAUAGAUGUGUGGAUACAGGGAGAGGAGGUGGAUGGUCAGAGAUUGGUGGUCGCUUCAGACAUCGGCAUGAGGUCCUUGAUCAUGAACAACAUCAUGCCUCCUCCUAUCUGCAGAUACCUAAAAAUAACAACCAUUGGACGUUACGGAGGGAGUACCACUCGAUCACGGAUACCGAUUGGUACAUUCUAUGGCCACAGCUACAUUCUACCCUGGGAGUGGAAUGGUUAUGCUCAGAAUCUUAGUGCACCAAGUACCAGCUCAGCUGUGAACCUCACAGUGGUGAACGAACAACCUCAGCUCUUGUCUCAACUAGGGUUGUUAGUGUCACUCCAGGAGGACAUCCAGUGUCGAUACAGCCUGGCAAAGGCUCGGCUGGAGAACCUACUCGGGGGGCUGGACUCUUCUCAGCAUGCCACCUCCCACACCCAGUAUUUCCUGAAGAAGACAAACAAGAACAAUGAUGAAGACAACAUGGUGAUUCAGGCUUACCAUGACUGUCUACAGCUCCAGCUACAGUUUAACCUGGCUCAGAGAGCGAUUCAUAGACUGAGGCGGGCAUUCGGGAUUCACCCCGUCCACAUGGCAUCGAAUGGUAGUCUUCCCACUGUGCUCAAGCAAACUGCCACAGAUAAACUGAGGUUUGUGCUUGAGAGACUGCUGGAUACGCUGCUGGGUAUGACAGUUGUCUCCCUUUCUAACCCCCAGCUGCCAACGUCACUAUACUCUGCCCUGAACCCUGGCGUGUGUGAGUCACUCUUUAGGCAUCUGUGUGUUGUCGGCGGCAAACACAUGCAGAUACACACAGGAAUGCUGCUGGUGAGGAUCUGUGGCAGUCAGCCAUGGUGGGGAGAGUUCCUGGGAAAUGUGCUUCAAGAGUUCUUCAACUCUGAGCAGUCUCAACUGUUUCCUCGGGAUAGGGUAUUCAUCCUGAUCACAGCCCUAGGGCAGAGGUCUCUAAUGGGACCCUCAGCGUGCAGCAUUAUGGAGAGUCUGCUGGGUAUACUAGCCAGGAUUCUCUCCCCUUUAAUACCAUCACCCCAAGCACCACGCCAUCAGUCUGCCUGGUUGGACCUGUCCCUGAUUGGGUGGAUUUUACUGUUCCUGUGUCGUAACCUUGACAACGGCUGGAGCAGCUUAAAUAACUCAGAGGAUGACAAGGCAGGGGCCAGCAGCAGCAGCAGCAGGGAUAAUGGCACAAACAUGCCCAAUCGCUGGAGUUUCAUCCAGGGAGAGGCUGGCUUACCCUCCACCAAAACCAAGUCCCGCAGCACUGUGAAAAGGUACCGCAGUACCCUGCAGAAGAGACUGAUGCACCACAAACAGAAGCUGAUGGACUUAGACCAGGCUAAGAAGAAGUUCUACGAGAAGAGUUCAACUAGUACAGUACCCAAGGAAGCUCAGAAUGUUCUCAAACAACAGGAGCAGUUGUUCAAGAAAGAAUUCUCACAGUAUGCCUCCAAGCAUUUAAAAGACAUUGUGCAGAUUCGAAGAACUGACGGUGAGAUCCUUAAAAAGUUACCCAAAGAUGAGAAUGGAGGUAAUGGCUCUAAGGACAGUGACAGUGACAGUGAACUGCCCCUGAUUCUGCCCAGAGAAAAGUGUUUACCUGUUGUCCGUGGCCUGAUGUCACUAAUCCUAUCCAUGGACUUCACCUGUAAUGUAGAUCUCUUCCUCAUAGCCAGCAAGGUGUUUGCUCGUAUCUGUAUCGCUACACGCCCUGCCAUCAGCCUGUCAGAAGCCAUGACCCAGGAGCAGCUGGAGAGGCUGAUCAUGCUGUCAGCUAACUUUGAGUUUAACCAUGGUAACGUGGCAUGGGGAGGACCCUGGGCAGGACAUGCCAUCACUUGUCUGCUGCAGGAUAUACUUGAUGGUGAGAAGUUGUACCCCUCAGGGCUAGGCCUGGAAGGUGUGACUGAUGAUGAGAUUUCAGGAACGAUGACAGAGACUGAUGAGAGCCUGGCCAACAGUGUCAGCUUACCAACCAUAGAGGAGACCAUCAGUGAAAGCUCAGAGAUUGAGGUUCUGGGGAAGGACAGUCCAGUGAAGGGUAUUCAGGAGAAACAUGCUAACCUCAUGGACAUGGCUUAUGGUUCUGAUGAGGGAGAGUACUACGAUGUGCCGCCCCCUAAUGUCACCCUUCCAGAACCCCCUAACGAUGAGAACGCUUACCAGAUCAUGUUUGGGCAGCCAUCAGCCGUCAAGAACAGUCAGCUCAUGAAUGCCAUCUCUGUGGCUUUACAAGGUCCAGAUGAGAAGAAGAAGCUGGGAUACUGGACAACCAAAGUGGCAGAUUACCUGAACAGUAAACCCUCGGGAUCUCAGGGCGUGUCUACUGCUAUGGACUCCAGGCUAGAGUGUGGACUGGACACCCAGCCAGAGCUAAGGCUAAAGAUGAUGAUGUCCAUACUGACUGAAAAUAUUCAGGUUGCUCUAACAUCAGCUUUGCCAGUAGCUCCUCCCACUGGCCAUAGUCUCAGCCAAUCAAAACCUCCCACAACAGAUGAAGAGCAGCUGUCAGAAGCCAGCUUUCUGGCAAGCAUCAAUAUUGACCAGGGUCGAGCCUCUUCUCUGAUGUUGAGCCAGUGUUUUGACAGCCUGUUUGCUCAACUCCUUCAGCAGAGAGUUAACUUGGACUCCUUACUCCAGCUGUGGCUUACUCUGAAUGAGGACAGCAUCAACCACGACGACGGCAGCACUACCAGUUUUGACCCGGCUCGCAGCCCCUCCAUUCUAUUGAACCAGACAUCUGUCACCAGUCUGCUGGCAGCCUUAGCCUGGAUCCCUAACAUCCCUGUCAGCACAUGGGUGUUGGCCUUCCAUGUCCUCACACUACUGUGUAACCAGCGUGUGACGUCUGCGCAGCAGCUAGGGGCGGCGUCUUCAGGCUCCGCCUCUUCCUCUGCAGGCCUGGCGUCUAUGGCGUCCCUGGUGAUUGCAGACAGUAACCUAACACCUGUGUUAAUGAAGUUCCUGUCAGGAAUGGUGAUAACAGGCCCGUCUUCAGCCAGCUUCCAGUCCACCCAGGUUGGUCCAUCAGCUACCAAGGCAUUCUUUGAAUUUCUGUCACGACUGCGUGUGAAGAGUGCUGAGGAGAAUGAGCAGAGUCUUAAAGAGCUGUUGUUGAAAGUUGUGUACAGUCUCACUGCUGACAGGGGAGCAUUUUACAGUGGCCUAGGACCGUUGGAUGCCCAGUGUAGGUUCCUGGAUUUUGUGCUGGACCUGGCUUUUGACCAGGUAGAGAUCAGCAAUGCUAUCAGUGUGAUUGAGUCCAUCAGCUGUUUAGUUCAUCAGCACAUCCUUUGCCAAGAACGUGUCACCUGUAAAAGUUCAUCAGAAGUCAGUGUUAAUGCCAGGUCCUGCUUUGGUGGAAUGUUUGCAAAUCUCCUAAGGGGCAGUGACUCCAGGUCAAACCUCGGAAAUUCCAACCGAGAUGUCCUUAUGUGCAGCCUUCUGAAACUAGUUAACUCUCUUGUUCAAAUCAAGCUGCCAGAGCGAUAUGGCCGAUCUACUUCUGCUUCUGUGGUAACGGACGUUGCUCCCGAGCCUCGAACGCCCGUGUCUUUGUCAGAAUCUAUAACGGACUCCACUAAACUGAGCCAAGCCCUGGCAACUUCUACCCCUGCUGCCAGCACGUCUAUAUCUGAUGAGGAGAAAGCUAGAGAGACUGAUGCAUCUAGUGGGGCUCCUAGCUCUGUACUCCCGGGUUCUAGCAGAGCCCAGAGUUCUCAGCCAGAGACCAGGCCCCCCACAGUCUCGGACAAUCCUGGGGUGUUCUUGGCAGAGAUCAUCCUGGGCCAUAGGACAAUCAUGUCAAACCUCAUCCAGGCACUGAGCUACUGUAACAGCAACACGAUGGCUAUGAUCAUAGGCAGCAGCGGACUGUCCGGCAACAUGCAGGACACAGUGACCAGCUCGGAUCCUCUGUCAGUAGGGGACGGCAUUUACCAGAUACUCUGUACCCUCACUAAAAAAUGCUCGAACAGUAAGCUCAUUCUGGAGCCCAUAUACGCCUACCUCUCAGGCCAUCAGAGGGGUCAAGGAUCGCUGUCACGCCUGUCAGAGCCACUGAUCUGGUUCAUCCUCAAAAUACUGGACUCUGUGCAGACGAUCAGGAACUUCCUCAAUAUGGGUGGUGUGGAAGUGAUCUGUGAAAACCUGGUGAGCUGUAACCAGAGGAUCAUCAGUAGUAAUCCCAGUCUAAUCUCCACAAUCAUGCAUCACCUCAGCAAUGGUAAACCGGGAGUCAAUGAGCCGAGAAAGAGCACAGACGUGGACAGCUCAGAGGGAUGGCAUAACUUUGCACCUCUGGGAACGAUAACAUCUAGCAGUCCGACAGCCAGUCCUGCUGACGUCCUGAUUCAGGCAUCACCUCCACACAGAAGAGCUCGCUCGGCAGCCUGGUCAUACCACUUCUACCCGGACGAGGCCUGGGUGGACCUCACCAUACAACUGCCAUUUGCAGUGCUCCUCAAAGAGGUGCAGAUUCAGCCCCACCUGACUUCACUUGCAACCUGUCCAGCCUUUGUGUCUCUUGAGAUAAGUCGAGAUGGGUCCACAGUUACGCCCCUUUGCCCUCCGCUGAUGACCAGCAGUCUGGCGUUCAUCAAACUGCAGCUACAGAAGCCUGAGAUAGCCACAUCAGUGAUAAUUCGUUUACACAAGGCUCGUGACUCCACAACCAUAGGCCUCUCACAGGUCCUCCUCAUGGGCUACAGCGCCUUUGGGGAGUCGGGCUACAAAACUGGCAAUAUAUUCCUGCCUACUGAAGACCUUGUCUCCAGAACCAGUUUUGGCUGGUUGCGUCUGCUGCAUCACUGCCUGACAGCCCAUGAUGAGGUGACGGAGCAGGUGUCAGCCUCUGCAGCCCUGGUCCCUAACCUCCUCACCACCUGUAUGGCAUUACUCGUGUCACCUGUGGCAGGUAUCUACGCCACCAACAUGGAGGCAGUGCUGCUCAAGAUAGGCUUACACUCCUCCGUGAUGGGCCUGGCCCUCAUAGACAACAUUCUGAAAAAUGUCUCUACUUUGCAAGAGACGGAUGCCACUGUUCCAUACUUAGGCAAGGUGAAUGGCAUAGCAAAUGACUCCACCAUAGAGAUAUUGUACAGGCUAGGCAUUACACAAGACCAUAGUACAGUGGACAGAAUUCGUGCCCUGGCUCAGUGGUUGGGUGAUAGUGCCGGGCUAGCACUACAGAGGACGUCCAUGUUUGCUGAAAACAGCUUCCUCAACCCACAGGCUAGUCACAACCAGUACUUCUCCCUGCCUAACCCUGCCCCUGCCCACAUCCACUGUAUUGGGGCCAUCCUCUGGCAGAGUAGGGGUCAGGCAGAUGAGCAUGCCCUAAGGGAUGUCAUAACAAAGGACUUAGUCAGUGCCAUCUACAAGUGGUCAAUGGUGUUACCUGCUGACUCCCCACUGAAGCGAACGGUAGAUUUUGUGUUGUGCUCACUGUGUUACAUCCGUCCUGAGUUCUUCACACUGGUCCUGGAAUGGAUAGGUGUGGUCGUGGAUGUGAACAGCAGUGCUAGUCUCUCCAUCACAGAUGACACCAAGGACCAUAACUCCCAGUACGACGACGGACACGGGCUAACAGACGAUUCCAAGGAGGCGUGCAGCAGCACGCACAGUGCCCAGCCAAUUAGAGACAAUACCCAAGGUCACAUGACAUUUCAGCGAUUCGGUCACUUGACCUUGGACGAGUGUCACCUUAGGACGUUGGCGACAGCGUGCAAGUCCCCUACAGCCAUCAAACAGUUACUUGACACUGGCUUCCCAGCUGUGCUAGCACAGGGGGUGUUCGAGUUCUGUUCCCGGGAAAUGCACCAGUUUAACACAGAGCACCUAUCCCCCACAGAGGGCAUGACGGACCAGAGUAAAAGUAUGAAUGGAUCCACAUCAGGCAGGGAGGGCUCCAACAAUGUCAACUUUUGGGAUCGCUCCCUGAAUAUCACCCCUGACCUGAUGGCUGCUGUGCUGAACUUCUUUGCUGAGGUGGCCAGUGAGGUAGUGAUGAAGGAUUGGUUAGGGGGCCCAGAGGGGAACAUCUUCUGGCCUGCUCUGCUGACCAUGCUGUGUAACACUCUACCCCCUCAGCCAGCCAAUGGCCACACACUACAUAACAAACACAAGGUGACGACAGUAGAGGAACGGGCUGCUGUAGAGACGGCAGCUGUCUCUCUUUUCUCACAGGUCAUCUUCUGCCACAUGGCCAAUCAGCAUCUCUUUGCCAAAGUUCUCUGUGAUGUCAUCAAAGGUCAAGGAGAGGUCAAAACUGGUGUGAUAAGCUCUGCCUCUCCUCUGUCCGGCUUCACUCGCCGCCUUUUCCUACAAGUGUUACUGGAGGAUGAGAAGUUAUUGGUGGCCAUACAGACCACGUCUAAACAGUUCCGCUGGGAGAUUAACAAGAUCAACAGCCACAUCCAGCACCCUAAGUUUGGGGCAGGACGCCUCUACCGGACCAUGGUGACCAGUCUGCAGUCAACCUGUGGUCAGGUCAUUUCCAAGGUCUCGGGUAAGCCAGAUACGCCCACCCUGACAGCAAGCAUCAUGGAACAGCAGGAGAAGAAGAGAACUGAGGACCCCAAAAAGGACACCAGUGAGCUGGGCAUGGAGGUGGUUGAGUACCUGUCUACUGCUGCAGGUGUAUCAGCAAAGGAGAGAAGAGAAAAAAGCCCUGCCCAGAAGAAUUUGCCCCCACGACCCCCAUCAAGGAGAGGGCGACACACAGCAGAGGUGCUAGCUGCGGAACUCAACAUCCCCACUCUCUCUCUGCAUCAUGAACUCAUACCCAGACAACCACUGCCCAGUGAGCUAACUCUGUCCCAGCUGCUGACCCUCCUGUAUCAACAUGGACUGGCCCAGGGCUGCUCCUCCCUGGAGUUUACAAUGAAGCUGUCCCGCAAGAGGAUUGCUGGGUCCUCAUCUACAUCCAUCAACUCAGAUCCAGAAGAGUCCUACGAGUCAGAGGAGGUUGACCUGGACCGUCUACCAGAUGACCUGCUACUGGAGACCCCAGCAUGUCAGUCUGCCCUGCACGUAUUUGCCAGCGUGGGUGGCCUGGCCCUUCUGGCAGAGCACCUGCCCCUCCUCUAUCCUGAGAUCACGAGACAGGCCACUGUGGGGGAGACGGAACACAACAGUGCGGGCGACAUGAUCGGCUCAGACUGGGUCACGGUGGAACCCUCAGAUGACUAUUAUGAGCCCUUCUAUGAACCAAUGUCACCUGCACCACAGUCCAACUCGCGGCCAACAAAGCAGGCCCCUGCUGCUCUACCCACCAUUCCUCCCCACUCCCUGGUGGCAUUUGGGCUCUUCCUGCGGUUGCCAGGAUAUGCUGAGGUUCUGUUGAAGGAGAGGAAGAAGGCCCAGUGUUUGUUACGACUGGUUCUGGGAGUGACCGAUGAUGGAGAUGGAGGUCACAUCUUGACCUCCCCCAUAGCUGGCUCUUUGCCCACCCUCCCAUUCCAUGUGCUGAAAACCCUCUUUGACGUGACAGCCCCUAGCACAGAUGACGGUGUCCUGCUGAGGAGGAUGACUCUGGAGAUUGGAGCUCUUCACCUGAUCUUGGCCUGUCUGUCAGUCCUCAGUCACCAUGCCCCUCGCUCCGCCCCACCUGUACAGAAUGAGACGGUGAGUACCCCUACCAACAACACGACGACCCCAGUAACAGAGGAGAAGACGCACCAUUACUGGGCUAAGGGCACAGGGUUCGGGACAGGUUCCACCACUUCCAGCUGGGACGCGGAGCAGGCCUUAUUGAGGCAGAAGAGUGAGGAAGAACAUGUCACCUGUCUCCUACAGGUCUUGGGCAGUUACAUCAACUCAGGGGGAACAAUUCCCAAAGGCUUUCAGUCAGGCUCAAGCUCUGAAGAACCAGACGACAAGAGUUGUCUCCCUGCUGUAGUCCCAGAACUGCUGACCCAGUCCUGUCUAGUGCCAGCGAUCUGCUCAUACCUGCGUAAUGACUCUGUCCUGGACAUGGCACGCCAUGUACCCCUGUACCGUGCUCUGUUAGAACUGUUACGUGGCCUGGCUGUGUGCCCAUCCCUGGUGCCUUUACUACUGCCCCUAGACAAGGAGGAUUCCGGCUCCUCCAUAGGGGUUCUCCUGGAAAAGAUGAAGGGCUGUGUGGACACAUAUGCCUCCAGGCUUAAGUCUAACAAGUCCAAGGGAGGUAAUGGGAGUGGUGGAGGGGGAGGUAGUCAUGAGGAAGAGGAGGAGAACGAGGGGCUGGCUCUGCUGAUACCAGAUAUACAGGAGACAGCCAGAAUUGUGCAGGUGUCCACUGACAGGCUCAAGGAUAACUCGGAUGAAAUGGCUGAUUGUGGAAGUGAGUCUGACAGCAAGGGAGGCUCCAAGCGUAAACGUAAUGAGACUGCUGAUGAGCGAUACAUCAACACCAUGAAGGAGCUUCAAUUCGAUACUUAUGAAAUGGUGGUGGAUGAAGGAAAUGGCAUAAAGUUUACAUUGAACCAUCAUUAUGAGUCUAAUGUGAAGGCGACCGGGGAUGUGAACAACCCUGCUAGGGCGAGGCGGCUGGCCCAGGAGGCUGUCACCCUUUCCACAUCUCUGCCCUUGUCAGCCAGCAGCAGUGUGUUUGUCAGGUGUGACGAGGAGAGGCUUGAUGUCAUGAAGGUGCUUAUUACGGGUCCCAGUGGUACUCCGUAUGCUAAUGGAGGGUUUGAGUUUGAUGUGUGUUUCCCUCAGGACUAUCCCAACUCACCUCCAAACAUCAAUCUUGAGACCACAGGCAACCAUACUGUCAGGUUCAACCCUAACCUCUAUAAUGAUGGCAAGGUAUGCCUAAGUGUUCUCAACACCUGGCAUGGUCGGCCAGAAGAGAAGUGGAACGCUCAAACCUCAAGUUUUUUACAGGUGUUGGUGUCCAUCCAGUCUCUUAUCCUCGUCUCUGAACCUUACUUCAAUGAACCCGGCUAUGAGAGAUCUCGAGGCACCCCGCCUGGCACAGCCAGCUCAAGGGAGUAUGACGCUAACAUCCGACAGGCCACGGUCAAGUGGGGCAUGUUAGAGCAGCUCAGGAAUCCCUCCCCGUGCUUUAAAGAGGUUGUGCACAAGCAUUUCUGGUUAAAGCGUCACGAGAUCCUGCGACAGUGUGAGGAAUGGAUCAGUGAGAUGGAAGGUUAUACCAGUGACAAGAGGACAGGCAGGUCAAUAGCGCACAGUAUCAUGGCGCUCAAGAGACACUACAACCAGCUGAGGGAGGAGCUUGCCAAACUGAAGCCCCCAGCUGACUUGGAGGAGGAGGAAGAGGAGGACGAGCCUAUAGACCCCCAGGAGAAGCAGUACUCCACAGAGCAGGGGGCGGGGCCAGGGCCUGGGGCCACCGCGCCUGAGGGGGCAGAGAAGGAGAUGACCAGCACCUCUGCCCAGACAGCCACCUUCCCUGAUCCUGUCCCUCCUCAGGCAGACUUCGGGGGACACCUGGAAUUCAUCAUGUUAGGAGAGGACGUGGUGGACUGCUGACGAUGGCUGCCUCAUAGGAACCUAAUUUAUUCUUCCUUCUUCCUGGGGUUAAAGCCAUCAGGCUUCUGAAGCAUACACACAAACCUGCCGUUAAGACAGGUGGUCAGUCGCAGUGCCAGGCCAUGGGAUGAGGACAGCUCCGGUCUGAUAUGACACAGGGGUGUCCAAGCCCCCUCAUCCUCAUACACAGCAGGGGGUCAAGGCUUAAAGAGGUGUCAAAGUAAACAGGAAGCAGUACUAUAUGGCAUGCAGAUACGUGGAAACCAGAAAGAAUACCUAAGCAACUCAGGGUGCCAGAAGCUGCUUAAAACUGACUCUACCAUUUAUACACCUAUACCAUAUCUUUUAGAGAACAUUGGGGCGUACAUGUAACAUUGAUUCUAUCAUAUCUGUACUGUACUUCUUGGAGGGUAUUGGGGAUACAUGUAACCUGAACGCGAGGUGCAGUUCACACUAAAGUGUACUGGCUCUCUUGUCUGCCAUAUGAUGCAGGCUGUGCCAGUAUUUUCUAAUUUUCAGGGUUCACUUGGCAUUUGUGUGAUGAGAGAUUGAAUUGCUGGUCAAAAUCUCCUAUGUGUUUCUGUACGAAUUAGUUCCCAUGCACCAGUGUGCUUGAGCUUGGGCUUCUGGAGGUGGAAUGUGAACUGUCAGCUUGCAUUUAUAUGUGGGUGGAAGUAUAUGGGAACUAUUAUUAUAAGUAACAUGUCUAGGAUAACAGAUAGGUGUCUCUUUAUACGGCAUCUACAUGUACAUACUUAUACCAUUUCUGAAGAGCUGAGCAUUUUUCCAGUUACGUUUUAUUUAUUUGUUCUUUUCUUUUUCUCUCUUUUUUUUAUGACAUGUUUACGAUGUAGAAAGCAACAUUUACAGAUACCCAUUGGCAUACAUGGAUGUAUAUAUGUCUAUGAGGAAGAGACUUUUGUGUGUGCGCUUGUGUGUGUUUAGGGGUUGCCAUGGUUUUGUAAUGACAUGAAGGGAAAAUGUAAUGAUCAGCGAUAAUUACCAAUAUUAUUAUAAUUACGGCUUUGCUUAUGUUGAAAUGUAAACAUUUUUUUUUCUUGAAAACAUAUUAGAUCAAUGUGACAAAGUUAAGAGUGAUAUCAAAUAGAGUAUAAUUGAAAAAAUAAAAGUACAGAGCACCUAGCAUGGAGAACAUGUUUGCUGUGUCUGGUACCUACUCAGAUGCUAAUAUACGACUCAUGCCUGUUUAGAUAAAUACAGGCUCUCCUAUGCUGAGCAUAGGAUCACAUAUGUGGGACGCAGUUUUCAACAAGUGUAGAAUCAGUGUUUGUAUUGACUAAACUGGUCAAUUUUAGAAAUCGCACAAACCUUCUGUACGAUAUAUAGAAAUGUGUAUUUAUUGAGCUGUGUAAAGAAGUAUAUUUUAAAUAUUGUUUAGGUAGUAUUUAAACACAGUAGACUGCACGUUGUGUACAUACCACCCUUCACAUAGCAAGUGUCUGUAUGACCUAUACAAGUGAUACGAAAUAAUAGAAGAAACUACUCAUAUACUGUUUAAUGGAUAUUUAAUUGUCUUUUGAUGGGUUAAUUAAUCUUUGUUGAAUUGUUUUCUUUUUUGGUAUUGUUUCACAGCCCAUUUGAUAAGUAGUUUUAGGUUUGUUUUUAGUCUGAAAAUUUUCCACAUUAUGUUGUACUGUGAGAUUCAUGAUUACAUCACAGAAGAAAGUCUGCUGUGUGGUGUGGAAAGUUGACAAGGGUGGUUGUCGAUGUAAUAGCUGCCAAGAUAACAGAUGUAUGAUAGCUAAGGGGAAAUGACACUUUGCCAUAAAGGGGACUACUAUGUCGUGAAGACGUACCUAAAUCCCACCAUACCAUGGGAUUGACCGUAUUCUGUUGUUCUGUGAUGUCCAAGGGGAUAUAACUGAUGUUUUGUCCAAUGCCCCCCUCUGUGGUUGCUUUGGUGGUUUUGAUAUUUGACUGUGCCGUAAUUUGUGUAUAAACUGUACAAUUAUAGGAACGUAAUAUGUACAGCCUGUUUUCAAUAUAUAUAUAUAAAUAUACAUACAUAUAUAUAACUCGGCUCUUGAGGAUUUUUUUUUGUGAAAAAGCAAGAGAAGAAUAAAAAAGAACUCUGGUGAUGAAUCCUUC